AAUAAAAUAAUCCACCAAAAACCUGACUUCUUCAUUGAAUUUGUUUACUAUUUCCUGCCACAUAGUGUGAGGCCACAAGCAGCAAUAGUUUAUUGUGACCUUAAUCAAAUAAACAUAACACUUUAAAUAAUACCGUCACCCCCUCCCAUCUCUUGCUCCCCAUAUUGUCCCUUUCCUCUCUCACCAAACACACACACACACACACAGUGUGAGAGCAUAGUACUAGUUCAUGCAUUGACCUAUAUAUAGUUAAAGAAAGUAGCAGAGUUGAGGUGGUGAAGUGAGAGAGAGAGAGAUGGAGAGGUCAGAUUCAUUUCUGAGGCAGCUAAGCAGCAAGGAAGGUUGGAAAUCAGCAUCAAAGAGGUGGGGUGGGGGUGGGGGUGGGGGGUGGAAGCAGGUGGAGGGGAUGUAUGGUGAGAUGAUGAUGAAGAAGAGAGUGAUGGUGGUGGUGGAUCAGUCCUCACAUUCCAAGCAUGCAAUGAUGUGGGCUCUCACUCAUGUCACUAACAAGGCUGACAUUCUCACUCUUCUUCACAUUGUUUCUUCCUCCUCUCACUCUGCUUCCUCUUCUCACCUUGCUUCCUCACUCGCUUCUCUCUGCAACGCUUGCAAGCCUCAGGUUGAAGUAGAAGCACUAGCCAUUCAAGGACCAAAGAUGGAGACAGUGAUGAGCCAAGUGAAGAAGCUUGAGGUCUCUGUUCUUGUCUUGGGACAGAAGCACCCCUCCCCAUUCCUCAACUGCCUGUUUGUGAGGAGCAGUGCAGAUGAAUUUGUGGAGAAAUGCAUCAACAAUUUGGAAUGCCUAACAAUUGGAGUGAAAAAGCAGAGCAAUGGAGUCAGUGGUUAUCUCAUCAGCACCAGAUGGCACAAGAACUUUUGGCUCUUGGCUUAGACUAUUUAUUACUAUUAUUCACUACAAAAUAAUCUUGUAAAAACCACUUCCACUCAUGUCUCUAAUCUUAGACCCUAUAAAAUCAUCUACAUAUGCAUCUUUGCAAGAA